UCAACGAAUAUCAGCUGAGCGCGAAUCCAUUACGAAAAACGUGAGCGCUAAAAAACAACAAACGAGGAAGGCAAACUUCAGAACUUAAUAAUAUUCAUAUUUAUGUACGAAUGGAGCUGCCGAAGCAGAGACCCCACCAUGACAUAACCGCACUCUUUGCCGAUGCUCCGGAUUUUGUGCGCGUCAGUGCGCCAAUGGUGCGAUACAGCAAGCUGGAAUUUCGCAGAUUGCUGCGCCAGAAUGGGGUCCAAUUGGCCUUUACGCCAAUGAUGAUUUCUGAUUCGAUAAAUAACAGCGAGAAGGCAAGACAAAAUGAGUUCACCACUGGCCCCGAUGACCAGCCGCUCAUUGCUCAGUUUGCGGCCAAGGACGCCACAGAAUUUGUGACAUCGGCUCAGCUCAUUUAUCCCUAUGUCGAUGGCAUCGACUUGAACUGCGGCUGCCCUCAAUCCUGGGCCAUAGCCAAGGGCUACGGCUGUGGCCUGCUGCGUCAGCCAGACCAGAUGCGCGAUAUGAUCCAGUGCUUGCGACGAACACUGCCCACGGGCUUCAGUGUUUCGGUGAAAAUGCGUCUGCUACAGGGCAGCGACAGUGAUAUAUCCUUACAAAAGACAAUCCAACUGGCCCAGCAGCUGGAGCAUUGUGGCGUCACAUUCCUAACAUUGCAUGGACGCACGCCGGCCCAGAAACAUUCCAAGGACACGCUGAACGUUGCGGCCAUGGCCGACGUGGCGCAAUCCCUCCAAAUUCCCCUGAUAGUCAAUGGGAAUGUGGAGAGCUAUCGGGAUGCGUGCGAAUUGCACGCCAAUACACAAGCAGCUGGAGUGAUGGCUGCCCGUGGCCUGCUCGCCAAUCCGGCGCUUUUCAAUAGCGACUAUCCGCUGGCGGAGACCACACCCAAAUCAUGUGUGCAGCAGUGGCUUGACAUUGCCCAAUCCGCUGGUGAGCGAUUGCAUUUCCAAUGUUUCCAUCAUCAUCUCACGUUCAUGUGGAGCAGCGAAAUGAAGCGCGCCUUGCGCGUCCAAUUCAAUAGCCUCGGCUCCAAAUCCCAGGUCCUCGAAUUCCUCGCCGAGCACUACGAUGUGCGUCAAAGUGCAGGUAUCUCCCCAGAUCCCUACACAAAUUGCACCUAUAACCAUUUCACGCCGCCGAAGCAUGCGCGUCACCUGGCAGCCGAGGCUGAGGAGGAGCAUGGCUGGGAUGCGACAAGUGAUGGCAAAUAUUUCACAGAGUUUAAAACUAACAAAUUAUCUGCCGAGCAGUCGGAGGAUCUGGAGUGGGGUGAUCUAUUUGCAGGCGAUGACUGAUGUUGGAAUUAAAGAUUAUGCUAGAGAUAAAGUGGAAUUUUUAUGCGACUUUUCAAUGUUGCAAUAUUUGUAAAGUUGUUUUAAAAAAAUAAUUAUAAUUAAACCUUUAGGUUGGACUGCGCAACUGUAUAUAUUAUGUAUUCGGC